AUGGCUCCCGCCAAAUCGUCCAAGUUUGGAAACCUCCCGCUUAGCACAGUUGGCCCUCUCGACUGCGCUCUUACCGGAACAGCACUUCUAAACAGCCCGACGUUCAAUAAGGGAUCUGCCUUUACGCAAACGGAGCGUCGAGACUUUAAUCUCACUGGACUGCUCCCCGCGAAUGAGCAGACACUGGACCAUCAGGCUAAGCGCGCAUACCAGCAAUAUCUGACCAGAAGCGACAACCUUGCCAAGAAUACAUUUUUAACGUCACUCAAGGAUCAAAACGAGGUGUUGUACUUCAAGUUACUGCUCGAUCAUCUCAAAGAAAUGUUUAGCGUGGUAUAUACUCCGACUGAGGGUGAUGCGAUUCAAAACUACUCGCGGCUUUUUCGUCGACCUGAAGGUUGUUUCCUGGACAUUAAUCAUCCCGAGCGUGUGGAAAGCGACCUUGCACUUUGGGGAACUCCGGAUGAUGUCGACUAUAUCUGCGUAACAGAUGGCGAGGAAAUUCUAGGGAUUGGCGACCAGGGCGUAGGUGGCAUUCUCAUAUCAGGAGCAAAGCUGACCCUUGCGUCUCUAUGCGCCGGUGUUCAUCCCAGCCGCACUCUCCCAGUCGUCAUAGACUGCGGCACCGACAAUGAAGAACUCCUCAAAGACGAGCUCUAUCUUGGUCUCUGUCAGCACCGAGUAAGAGGAAAGCAGUAUGACGAUUUCAUCCAGACCUUUGUCGAUGCUGCUCGGAAACUAUUUCCCCGAGCUUACAUCCAUUUCGAGGACUUUGGCUUGAGAAACGCCAGACGUCUGUUGGAGCUGUAUCGCCCCUCGAUGGCCUGCUUCAAUGACGAUGUCCAGGGAACCGGCUGUGUGACACUUGCAGCCAUCAUAGCCGCGCUGCAUGCCAGCGGACAGAAACUCGGUGACAUUCGCAUGGUCGUCUUUGGCGCUGGGAGUGCGGGAGUUGGCAUUGCAGACCAAGUUCGUGAUGCUAUUGCUACGGAAAUGAAGAUUGAUCAUGAGGAAGCUUCACAGCAUAUUUGGCAACCCGGCUUGUUGACAUCCAAGCACGAGGUCUCAGAUGCCCAGAGAAUAUACGCCAAAGAUGCAUCCGAGUGGAAGGACGAGGGCAACGACCUGCUUUCAGUGGUGAAGCAAGUCAAGCCCAACAUUCUCGUCGGAACAUCCACCGUGCCUGGUGCCUUCACCGAAGAAAUCAUCAAGGCCAUGCACGAAAACUCAUCGCGGCCCAUCAUAUUCCCUCUUUCCAAUCCAACCCGACUUCACGAAGCCAAGCCAGAGGACCUACUCAAGUGGACGAAUGGCAAGGCACUCGUCGCAACGGGAUCUCCCUUUGACCCCGUCACCGGUCCAUGGGGCGAGGACGGAAAGGACAUUACGAUUGACGUUGCCGAGUGCAACAACUCCGUCGUCUUCCCUGGCAUUGGCCUCGGCUGCAUCCUCAGUCGAGCCAAGCUUCUCACCGACCGCAUGCUCGUUGCGGCCGUAGAAGGCGUCGCAUCACUGAGCCCCGUUCUCAAAGACCCGACUGCGCCUCUCUUGCCAGACGUGGAAGAAGUAAGGACCGUCAGCGUCCAGGUAGCAAAAGGCGUGAUUCGGGCAGCAGUGGAAGAAGGCAUGGCGACUGAAAAGGAUAUCCCGUCCAACGACCACGAUCUCGAGGAGUGGAUCAAGGAGCAGAUGUGGAAUCCAGAGUAUCGCCCGCUGAAGCUCGUCAAGAUGGAGGGCGCGACGAGAGCGGCCAAGGGUGAGCUUGGAAAGGCCAUGCCGGGACUGUAG